CGCAUCCACAGUGACAGACACAAUGGAGCUGCACCGAACAUGAAAAUACUGCAGCAGGUGCCUCUAAAAAAACAGUUAUUUCCCCCGCGAUUAACCUGUCAAAGUUCACAUUUAUCCUUUUUACUGCGAACUACAAGAUUCUACUUUUGUGCCCGCGAAUGUUUGCUUUUGUAGUCCUUUUGAGAGCAAGGCUAGUUAGCAGUUUAGCUAUUUAGUGUAACGUUUGCUGCUUUGUUUUGGUUUUGCGGUGGAUUAAUUAAAGUGUUGUAGGUUUUUUAGAGUUUCUUUUAGCUUCAUCAUGCAGUUCCCGUUUGAUAUUAACCAGUUAUUUCCUGAGAGAAUUACCAUCUUGGAUCACACUCUUGUAACUGGUCGCAAAUCAGCAGGAAGACCCGAUCUCCAAGAAAACAUCGCCACAGUGCUGGACGAGCUGGGGAAAGCCUCUGCGAAGGCCCAGCAGCUGACAGCUCCCAUCACAAGUGCUUCCAAACUGCAGACACAGAAGCACCAGCUGUACCUCAUGAAAGAUGGAGAAGGCCACGGCGGACGGGGAGCAGUGGUGGGGUUUCUCAAAGUUGGUUUUAAGAAGUUAUUCCUGCUGGACAGGCACGGCGCUCACGUCGAAGCGGAGCCCCUGUGCAUCCUGGACUUCUACAUCUGUGAGAACAUGCAGCGUCACGGAUACGGACUGGAGCUCUUCGACUGCAUGUUACAGCACAAACACGUGGAGCCGGUGCUGAUGGCGUACGACAGACCCUCCCCCAAACUCCUCUCCUUCUUGGCCAAACACUACAGUCUGACACAAAGCAUUCCUCAGGUCAACAACUUUGUGGUUUUUGAAGGAUUCUUCUUCAACAAAUCAGCGGGACAGUUGAGGAAGACUCCCCAAAGAAAACCAGACGGAGAGAUCAAGCCUUAUUCACUAAUGGAGAGAGAAGUGGUGCGUCAGGAGCAGAGGGUGCCCCCGUGGCCUUUUGCCCCUCCUCAGUCGCCCCAGCGGUGGGUAUCCUCCCCGUACUCCCCCAGCUCCUCCCCCAGCAGGGCUCCCCGAGGAGGGGCCCCCGGAGGGUACAGCCCCCAGUCCCCCCUGCUGGAGCACUGCCGCACCAGACGCACCAGCUGCAGUCUCCAGGGGUUGGUGGCUAAGAGUUCUCUGUACAGUCGGCAUCUGGACCAAAGUUCUGUCAAUCAGCUGGAGCGACCGAUGCCAGGUCUGAGAACGCCGUGGGCCCAGUUUGGAUCAGACUCUGUGAACUCGGCUCAGAACAGGUUGUCCUCUUUGCCGCCCGUUUCUGCUCCAAAGACGUCUACACGAAGUCAAACAUCUGUGAACGACAAACACUCCACCUCCACCAGCUCUGAGGAGGACUUCAGACCUACACAGGGUCAAGACCAGAAUCUAGACCAAAGACCAGACCAAAACCAAAACCAGGAGCCAGCAUUAGGACCCCACGUGGACCCGAAGCCCGUCCCUGUGGUCGGACCUUCGCAGAGACGAGGGGACAGUGGGUGGACGUGGACAGUGGGACAGAACAUGUUCACAGCUCAGUGGGUCAAACAGAAGCAGCAGUACAGGAGCACACGUCCAUGGUGACCGCACGAACUCCCCAUCGAAUAAUACUGACGAUUAUAAAUGUACAAAGCAACUGCAGUCUCAGGUUAUGAAGUAUAAAUCAGUAAUAACCAAAAUAUGUACUUUUAUUUACUGCUACUGGGUUGGAGUGGUAAACAGGGGCAUGGUGAUAGCUUCUACCAGUACAACAGUUUCUUUUAAAGCCCCAUUGCGUAGCGUUUUAGCCAAAAUAUACACUAAAAUAAAAUCAGAUACCGUAUUUAUCAGUCUCACCAGCCAAAAAAAUGUGUAAUGAAGAAGAAUAAAACGCACUUUUUGGGAGGAAAUGUAUUUUAUAAAAUCAGAAACCAGGAAUCGACAUUUCCUGUUAAAAGUCAAGUUCUAGUAAAAACAACAGAACAGAGAACAACAGAUCUGAACUUGCGAGAGUGAAACUGAGAAAAAUUACUUAAAAGUUUCUGUUUUUGUUCAGACAGGUAGGGCUCCCAAAAUUUUACAACUACUGUAUUUUUCGGACUAUAAUAUAUAAGUCGGACCAGCAAAAAAGUGCAUAAUGAUGAAGAAAAAAGUCACACCGGACUAUAAGUCUCACUUUUGGGGGAAAUUUAUUUUAUAAGCAACAACAACAGACUGUUAACGUCACAUAUGAACAGUUCUUCAGAUAAACUAUAACAUAAACAACAGAACAGAACAAGUUUAACAAACUCUCCAUCUCACUCCAAAUCACUAAAUCCAUUCAAUUCUUCAUCCUCGGUGUCACUUCUGAGCAACUCCACGACCUCCGGAGGUAAACAGACGCCGCUUCCUCUUCUGUGUCGCUGUCGUCAGACUCAGCAUCAGUUCCAGUUAGAAUUAUUCGUGUCUUUCUGAAUCCCGACAGGAUGGUUUCGGUGUCACUGAAGUUCAGGCUUUGUCCAUCCAUCCAGUGACUUCAGGAAAGUUUCAUGGUGCAUCCUCCCGGUGUCACAAGUUUCUCUCUCACUCCAAACUUUCUUUCUGCUGCUCGAUUAACGUUUUCAGCUGCAGAUUUUGCUACUUGCAACUUGUAAUCUGCAGAAUAUGAUUUUCUUUUUCGGUCUUCUCAGUCGUCUUCAUAAGUUUGUUUAAAUUGGUGCUGAAGUAACGGUGCGAUCGACUGACAUGAUACAGACAGGACAGAGGCUCUUUCUGCAGGAGACAUGCGCAGUAGAGCCAAGUGACAGUGGUACAGGAGGAACAGGAGCAGCAGCAAUGUCAAAAUUUUAAUAUAUAAGUCACACCGGAGUAUAAGUCACAGGAAACACCCAAACCAUGAAAAAAAGUGCCACUUAUAGUCCGAAAAAUACGGUAGAUAUUUUCAUGAUGGAUGUUUUUAUUGCACUAAAAAAGACGUACUGUGAGUGGACUUGUAUCGUCACACACUGGACUCAUCUGCUUGUUGCCAUGGAAAUUGUGUUGAUUUAGAAAUGUCAAAAACUGCAGUCAUGCCAAAUCUGUCCGUUCAGUUUAUUUUUUUUUUAUUUCUUUUCCAUUGUGAUUAAUGUUGAAGGCCAAAUGAACCAUUCCUUUGUUUAUUCGACAAACACGAUUCUGCGACAGUGUUCAGCUUGAUCUUCACAUCUGUGCCUAGAAUGUUUGGGCCAGCGUAUUCUACCUGAAAUAAAUAAAAUAAAAUACUAAAUAUGAGCCAAAAACGUUUAAAAGCCAUAAAAUGUUUACAGAGGAGCCUGAGUUAAAGUCGCUGUAUCUGAUUUUUACAAGAACAAAUGGUCCAAAGUCAUUUCUCACUUGUUUUAUAUAUUCAGAGUAAUUUGUUUCUAAGCACUUUUCACAACUUUCAGACACAACAGCGAAGAAACUUUAACAACUAGCAUGCUAAAGGUGCACUUCCUGAUUCUCUGACAAUAAAAAACUAUAAUCAGAAGCUGCUUAUACAAUAUAUCUGUACUGGAGCAAGACAGAAGUUGCUCAAAACAAAAAACUUGGGCUGAACCUGGAAUAAACCUGGAAUAAACCAGGGCU